GGUUAUAAUGGGUGACGUGAGAAAUUGAUCAUUUAUUGGACCCACGUCCAUUAUAAUUUUGGCCUAUAAAGCAAACCCGACAUGGAGUUUGUCUAUAAGCCUCUUCAAGGACAGAAAUUUGGCAUAGGUUCUUAUACUAUACCUUUCCAAAUGUCUCCUUUCCUCUUUGUUUCUCUUGCUAUUCUCUUUUUCUUAUGCUUUUUGGAGAACAAUUUUGCCAUUCAAACACACCAUGAUGUUCAUCAAUAUACUCAUCUUGUUCAUAUCAACUCACUCUUACCAUCAUCUUCUUGCAGUUCUUCUAACAAAGGUCCAAAAAACAAAGCAUCAUUAAAUGUGGUACACAAACAUGGGCCAUGUUCUCAACUGAAUAAUGGAAAAACAAAGAUUCUUCCAACACACAAUGAUAUUCUCAAUAUUGACAAAGAAAGGGUGAAUUAUAUUCACAACAAAAUCUCAAAGAAGAAAAAUAUGGAGGAAUUGGACUCUUCAAAUUUACCAGCAAAAUCUGGAAGCCUAAUUGGGUCAGGAAAUUAUUUUGUAGUAGUUGGGCUUGGUAGUCCAAAAAGAGACUUAUCACUUAUAUUUGACACUGGUAGUGAUCUCACAUGGACUCAAUGUCAACCUUGUGCUCGUUCUUGUUAUAAGCAACAAGAUGAAAUUUAUGAUCCAUCAAAGUCUACUUCAUACCAAAAUAUCACUUGCACAACUUCUGAAUGCACACAGCUUUCUACAGCUACAGGAAACGAGCCAGGUUGUGCUAAAUUAACAAAUGCAUGUAUUUAUGGCAUUCAAUAUGGCGACCAAUCUUUUUCAGUUGGAUAUUUCGGCCGUGAACGGCUAACUGUAACGGCAAAAGACAGCGUCGACGGUUUCUUAUUCGGUUGUGGCCAAAACAACCAAGGCUUAUUCGGAGGCUCCGCCGGGCUUUUAGGCCUUGGUCGUCACCCAAUCUCCUUUGUCCAACAAACCUCUCUCAAAUACCACAAAACUUUCUCUUACUGUCUUCCCUCAACUUCUAGUGCUAUUGGUCACCUUACAUUCGGUGCAACUAGUAAUAAUUAUGUUAAAUACACCCCCUUUUCUACUACUGGUAGCAAUUCCUUCUAUGGCCUCGACAUUGUUGGAAUAACCGUUGCUGGAACCAAGCUUCCAAUCUCAUCUUCUAUCUUUUCCACCGGCGGUGCCAUCAUUGACUCUGGCACCGUCAUUACACGGUUGCCGCCAACCGCUUACUCUGUACUUCGAGAUGCCUUCAAAAAAGGCAUGUUGAAGUAUCCACCUGCUUCGGCGCUUUCUCUUUUGGAUACAUGUUAUGAUCUUAGUGGGAGCAAGGUGGUGUCCGUUCCAAAGAUUAGUUUUACGUUUGGCGGUGAUGUCACGGUGGAUCUCGCCGCGUCGGGGAUACUUUAUGUGGCGAGUGUGAAGCAAGUUUGUUUAGCAUUUGCGGCUAAUGGAGAUGAUAGUGAUUUGACUAUCUUUGGGAAUGUGCAACAAAGAACCUUAGAGGUUGUUUAUGAUGUUGGUGGUGGGAAAAUUGGGUUUGGUUAUGGUGGUUGCAAGUGAUCAAAUUAGUUAGUUUUGAUUUAUAGAUAUAACCAAUUAACUAAUCAAGCAAAAUGAAAAAUACAUUAAAAUUAUUGUAUUUUUAGUUUUUGAUUUGUUAUGGUUAUAGUUUAGUCGAUGUGUUCCUAUAAGAAUUUCUCUUGAUCAAAUGAUCAAUUAUAUAAUCAUAUAUGUUUUGGGCUAGUUAGGGGGAUGGAAAUCUUAAUUAGCCCUAGUAUUUGUUACUUAUUAGUGUUGUUGCAAACUUGUACUAAAUAAUCAUGUGGGUUGAUAUAGAAAGAAAAUGAAAGGGAAAAAUAAAUGGGAAAAUUGUGUUAUAUAGUGGUUGAAGAAGACUUUAAGGGCAAAAGUGAUAAGGUGUAAAAUAUAUAGAUUGAAGGGACUAUGUAUUGAUGACUUUAAGAUGUGUAAUUUCUGGCAAUGUUUCUUAGAUGUGUAAUAUGAAACAAAUGUAAAGUUGCUCCUUUCAUUAAAGGUUUGUUGAAUUAAACAAGAACUUGUUUUGAAUUA